CGCUGCAGGUUCUUCGGUCUGGGGGUUUCUAGCACCAGCCAUGCUACUACGAAUCGCUUGGAGGCGGGCGGCCGCGGUCUUGCACGCUGCUCCCGGGCGGAGGUCCGAGGCUCCCACUCGGGGGCUGCGCCUGCGCGCUGUAGGCCAUGCUCCCCAGUCUGCUGUUCCCUCAGAUACAGCCCCUGCUCCGGAGGCCGAGUCAGUACUGAGACCUCUGUAUAUGGAUGUGCAAGCUACGACUCCUCUGGACCCUCGGGUGCUGGAUGCCAUGCUCCCUUACCUAGUCAACUAUUAUGGGAACCCACACUCCCGGACACAUGCUUAUGGCUGGGAGAGUGAGGCAGCCAUGGAAUGUGCUCGCAAGCAAGUAGCAUCUCUGAUUGGGGCUGAUCCUCGUGAGAUCAUUUUCACUAGUGGUGCUACAGAAUCAAACAACAUAGCAAUUAAGGGGGUGGCCAGGUUCUAUAGAUCACGGAAAAAGCACUUGAUCACCACCCAGACAGAACAUAAAUGUGUCUUGGAUUCCUGCCGUUCACUGGAAGCUGAGGGCUUUCAGGUCACCUACCUCCCAGUAAAGAAGAGUGGCAUCAUCGACCUGAAGGAACUAGAGGCCGCCAUCCAGCCAGAUACCAGCCUGGUCUCAGUCAUGACUGUCAACAAUGAGAUUGGAGUGAAGCAGCCCAUCGCAGAAAUAGGUCAGAUUUGCAGUUCCAGAAAGGUAUAUUUCCAUACCGAUGCAGCCCAAGCUGUUGGAAAAAUCCCACUUGACGUCAACGACAUGAAAAUUGAUCUCAUGAGCAUCAGUGGUCAUAAAAUCUAUGGUCCCAAAGGUGUUGGUGCCAUCUACAUUCGCCGCCGGCCCCGCGUGCGUGUGGAGGCUCUGCAGAGUGGAGGCGGGCAGGAGCGGGGUAUGCGGUCUGGGACAGUGCCCACGCCCUUGGUGGUGGGGCUGGGGGCUGCGUGUGAGGUGGCACAGCAAGAGAUGGAGUACGACCACAGGUGGAUCUCAAAGUUAGCGGAGCGGCUGACACAGAAGAUAAUGAAGAGCCUUCCAGAUGUGGUGAUGAAUGGGGACCCUGAGCACCAUUACCCAGGCUGUAUCAACUUUUCCUUUGCAUAUGUGGAAGGGGAGAGUCUGCUGAUGGCCCUCAAGGAUGUUGCCUUAUCCUCAGGGAGUGCUUGCACAUCUGCAUCCCUUGAGCCUUCUUAUGUCCUUCGAGCAAUUGGCACUGAUGAGGAUUUAGCUCACUCUUCUAUCAGAUUUGGUAUUGGCCGUUUCACUACAGAAGAGGAAGUGGACUACACAGUGGAGAAGUGCAUUCACCAUGUGAAGCGUCUUCGGGAAAUGAGCCCUCUCUGGGAGAUGGUGCAGGAUGGCAUUGACCUCAAAAGUAUCAAGUGGACCCAACACUAGCAGAGUGGGCCUCUGACUUCGUGCUGUCCUGGCUCCUGUCUCACUAACCCAUAUACAGUUGGGCACCUUAUUACACCCAGUGGAUGGGUGCUCCGUGUACAACCCAAAAUUGGUAUUGCCCAGUUGACUCCAGCAUCAGCUCACCUGUAAGACAGAAGCACAAGAAAAUGAUCUUUCUCCAACCUCAGUUCCUUUGGUGGGGAACACUCCCCAUUUCUCUCCAGGAGUCCUCUAGUCUUGUAAUGAAUGGAUGUUCUUAUCCUGAAACGGGAGGCACAUUUGUUCUGAUGCUAUUGCUGGACAUGUUCAUGUCCUUGAUGGGGACAGCUGAAAGAACUGGAAAAAGACUCUUUGUUCAGGGACCCUUAUGCUCUAUGUGGACUUUUGAAUUAUUGGUUACUGCUGCUCAGAGAGACUGACCCCUUCAGGAACAAGCAUAAUCAACCAAGAUUUAAUUGUUUUUGUGACUUUAAAGGCUAUUUCUUCAUAUUGACUGUAGACUGAACAGCAAGUUUCUUACAAGGCUUGUCUCCUGUUCUUGUCCUCCUUCCCUUCUUUUGACCUAACGGAGUUAGAAAUAUCUAUAUGACUGUAACCAUUAUUCUAAUAAUUUAUGUUUCUUUUAAACAUUUUGUUGAUUUGCAGAUUAGAGAAAUAAAAUCAUCUUCUUCUGUGACUCUGAGAGUCUCAGAGAAAAUUCCAGUCUAUGCUUGGGAACUGUGGAGCAAACUACCAUUCCACAUGAUUUCCACAGAUAACUCAGUCAGCUUGCAUUAUCUCUUUGUUCAACAAUUACUUGAGUGCCUGUCAGGAGACAUUGUUCUGGGCACUGAGUUACACUGGUUAGCAGGACCAAAAAGGACCCUGCUCUCGUUAAAGUUUUCAUUGUAGCAAAGAGACAGAAAAUAAGAAGUAAACAGAUAAGCCUAUUACAGAUUGAGAGGAUUGCUAUGGAAGAAGUAGAGCUGUAAGAGGACAUAACAGGGAGAAGACUAUGCUUGGUGUACUAGGAAAGUUUUUUUGAGGAGGUAUUAUUUAAGCAAAAAUGUGAUUUCCAGGCUUGGACAGAGCUAGGGAUGAGAAGGAGCAGCAGGAACAAAAGGCCUGAGGUGUG